GGAGAUAACUCCAGUUUGAACGCAUUUCUCCAUUUUCAAAACAAAAAAUGUGAAUUAUAUGUUGUGAUUCUUGAAAAAAUGAGAAUGCAUCGCUUCAUUAAUGUCAAAUUUGAGUAUAUUAUCUUCAUUUUUGUGUUAUGUUUACUUAAGAAUUUAGUGAAUGCUGGUAAAGUUACUGUCAGCACGCUGAAUCUAUGGAAUGUAAUGUUUUCCUGGGAUGUUCGGAAAUUUAGGAUUGCAGAAAUGAUCAGAGAUAGUCAUUCAGAUAUUGCAGUAUUUCAAGAAGCCAGAUCUGAUGUUGAUGAAACGAGAGACCAGAUAACAGAGCUACAGCAUUUAUUGCCAGAAUUUCGAUGGUCUAUUUACAGAACAGCAAAUACAGUAGAAAAAUACAAACCUUAUGGGCGUUUAAAGGGCUGGGAAAAAGAAGGUUUAGGCAUACUAAGUAAAUAUCCAAUUAUAGAAGUUACAGUUCAACAUUUACCACGUACAGAGGGACCAGAUACUAAUAAAAGAAUAGCAUUACAUGUUAAGAUAAGUCUUGAGAGGAGAAAAAUAUUGAAUAUUAUUGCUGUACAUUUUUCCUAUCAUCGGCAACAGCAAUGUGAAAAUUCCAUAGCUGUUUUAAAUUUUAUAUACAUGAAAAAACUUCAGAAUGUUAUUAUUGUUGGAGAUUUUAAUACAUACGAAGAUUAUCAGUACCCAGUACAAGUUUUUACGAGAAAAGAUAACAGAGUGAAAAACGAAUGUGAUGAAGCAAAAAUAGAUUUACCAAAACUGUCCAGAUUUCAAGAUGUCUGGCAAAGUAAAUCGAAUAAAAAAGGUUUUACAUUUAGCAACAUGCCGUCACCAGGAUAUGAAAGUCGUCCCGAUAGAAUUUUAACAUCUCAUACAUAUCAUAUAGAAGAAACAUGGUUGAGUGGAGAUGGCAAGAUUUACAAAGACCGUUACAACAAUAGUAUAUUAUAUAACAGAUUUAGAGUCUUAUUAAAGAAUACUUAUGAGAAUUAUAGAGGAAAAACAGGAUAUUCUUGUGUUCACGACUGUGGCCCUAAUGGUUCCUGUAGAUGUGGUAAUUGUGUAAAGGGAGAUAACCGCGAUUGUGAUAGUUGUUUAGAAUGUAAUGGACCAAUGUUUAUAUAUUUUAUUAUAUAUUCCAUGGUUUUAUUGUUAUGUAUAUUAAUAUUGUUGUAUUCAGUUGUUAAUAUAUUGAUAAUAGCAGCCAGAUAUAAUCAAGACAAUAUUUAUUCAAUAAUGGGUAUAAAGUGCUGUUUAUUUAAUACAGAGCUUUAUGACUAUCAGUUAAUACCCAAGCGGUACCGUAGAUACAGUCAAUGGAGAAUAUGUCAAGUUUUUAAAAUUCCUCCAGUUUAUUUAAUGUUUAUUUCUGUAAUAUUAGGUAUAUUUCUUGUAUGGUUUGGUAGGAGGAUGUUUGUAUCUAGUUUAAAUAAUAUAUAUUCUGUGAUGAAUGAAGAAUAUUUUCCUUCAGAUCAUUUAAUGUUAUCAACAAGACUUUUCCUCUCUUAAAAUAAGGGGUAUAUAUCUCAAACCCUUAAAAUGAAAGUUCAUUGCACUACAGGUGUAUCAGGUAAUAUUGUUAAGUUCAGAGAGACACAAACCAGGUCAUUUCAGGACCAACAUAUGGCACAAAUUUAUUUCAAUAAUUCACAUGCAAGUAGGGGUCUUUAACAGUGGGAGAAAAUUGGGGGACCCAGAGUAAACCCCUGAUUUUGGACAAGUAACCCUACUCAGUCUUAAGAGUUCAAUACGAACGAAACUAGUCUCUGCUAAAUUGGGAUAACUGGUCUAAUCUCCCACAUUUAUCUACUCGAGUAAUAUUUUGAUUUAUAACUAGCCAUUUUAAAUUCAUGUA